CUCACGUCUAUUUUGGGUCAAAGUUCGAGGUGUUGCACUUCCGGCUCGGCGGCAAAGCGUGUUGCUCGUAUCGGAUGCAGACGUUAUUGUGACGAAAAGAUAGUAAACAUUUACGUUAAAACUUUCUCCACAACACAAGCUUGAGUGAAAAUGAGUUUACCUCUGAACCCGAAGCCUUUCCUGAACGGCCUAACAGGCAAGCCGGUGAUGGUGAAGCUGAAGUGGGGGAUGGAGUACAAGGGCUACCUGGUGUCUGUGGAUGGCUACAUGAACAUGCAGCUGGCAAACACAGAAGAGUAUGUGGAUGGAGCAUUGGCGGGUCAUCUUGGCGAAGUGCUUAUCAGGUGUAAUAAUGUCCUGUACAUCAGAGGUGUAGAAGAGGAGGAAGAGGAUGGAGAAAUGAGAGAGUGAUGAAAAGAUGUUAGUGAGCAGAGAGGAGACUCUGCUCUGUAUGAGUGUGCUUGUACUUUUUUCUGUUGGAUCCUGUGAUUUGUGUUUUCACCAUGUGAAACAAAUGGAUGCUUAUGGUUAGGUUGUUUUUCCACACUGUUUUGAAGAGGAGAAUUACUUUUUUUUUUUUACUGUAUGAGACCAAUAGUAUGUGAUAACAUUGUAAUACAGACACAGUAAAAUAAAUAUGGUGUCCUUUCUUAA